ACACACACACACACACACACAUACACACAUUCCCACAGUCCUACAAUAUUACUCAGGCAUCUCUUGCUCAGUCUGACACCGGGCUGCUGUUCAGUCAGGAUAGCUUGCAACAGAGCCAAAUUUUCACAGCAUCACUACAGUAUAUGGACAUAUUGAAGAAUUUGCCCCAGCUCUUUUCUGCAGGUGACGAAGAGAUUUCAAUGCUGCUACUUCAACUCUGGAGCUACAGGAGUUCUAUCAGCACAAAUUUUACAUGGUCAUAAUGAUUCAUUGACUCUCUGGCUCACGUUAUCUUGCAUCGCGUGGAUGUAUGGAUUUAUCGUCUUGUGUGGAUAAUUUUGAAGCUUAUUCUCACACUAUUUGGAGGUGUUUGUUAUUGUGUGAGUCAGCAGGUUGAUUUACUACCGAAGGAACACACUCAGUUAAUUCUGCUCCUCCUUUAAAUCUACAGUUGUAAUGACAGCAGCAGUGGAGAGCCAUAACCAACCCAGCUGCUGCACAGAGCACACAAUCUGACAUGGAGAUAACCUAUGUUUUUUUUAGGUAAUGUAGUUUUAAGAAAUCAGCCCUUCUCUAAAAGGGUUUGCCUGGGCAGGAAACACACACACAUUCAUACAGCAUUAGAGCAGUCUGAAAGUUAGUAAGAAGCUAUAAUGUGCUGUGUACACUGUCAUCAGAGCUGCCCAUGCGGGUAAGUGUGUUGUGUUUCAGACUUUUAGGUGAGUGAAGUGUGGAGCCAUGUGGCUGCUGUACUGGUUAGAUGGUGGCAGACUGUUUGUAGCCCCACUGCUGCUGCUCCUGUUCUGCUGUCCUUCUGUUUCUAUCCAUCCCAGAUCCCCUCAUUCCCACGAGCCUCACAAACACACGCACAAACAGGAAAACAUUACACUGGCUAUUAUUCUACCCAAGGACAAUACCUCAUACCCAUGGGCCUGGCCACGUGUUGGGCCUGCCCUACUGCAUGCAAUAGCGCUCAUCAAUGCUGACUCUUCACUCCUGCCUGGGUACAAAUUGUGCCACAUUUUUAAUAACAGUGAGAAUGCUGAUGGUGUUUGCUCUGAUUUUGUUGCCCCACUAAUGGCUGUGGAUCUGAAGUUCACUCAUGAGCCAUGGGCUUUCAUUGGUCCAGGCUGCAACUACCCAGCCUCUCCAGUUGGUCUCUUCACUACACACUGGGGUCUACCCAUGAUCACAGCAGGGGCACCAGCAUUAGGCUUCCUUCUUCGGGCCGCAGUCUACACCUCCAUUACUAACACAGGUCCUACACACAAAAAACUGGGUGAGUUUGUACUUCAUGUAUGUAGACACUUUGGUUGGGAGCAGCAUGCCCUGUUGAUGUUCGGAGACAGCAAAAUGAGUGAGCGUGAGUGCUAUUUUACCAUCGAGGGUCUUUACAUGGAGUUGCAAGAUGUCAACAUCACCACAGCAGAACUUGUGUUUGAGGAGGACAGCAGGCCCAUCAAUUACUCUGAGCACCUAAACAAGAUAAAGGAAGAAGGUAGAGUGGUGUUUGUAUGCUGUGCUCCGGAUAACUUUCGUGAGCUAAUGGUGAACUUUCGUAAGGCAAAUUUUCCUCAGGAGGAGUUUGUUUUCAUCUACAUUGAUGUCUUUGGCCGCACCGUGGCAUCAUUACCUGCCCAGCCUUGGGUCAGAGGAGAUGCUGAUGAUGACUUCGCAAAGGAAGCAUACCAGAGCGUGAAGAUCUUGACCUAUAGAGAGCCACAGAAUCCAGAGUAUAAAGCAUUUGUGACUGAUCUGAAAAGAAAUGCCAAGAAGAUGUUUAACUUCACCGUUGAGGACUCACUGAUGAACAUCAUACCAGGAGGCUUCUACGAUGGCCUAAUGUUGUAUGCUCAUGCACUGAAUGAGAGUUUAACAGAGAGUCAGGGCAGACUGUCCAGAGAAAGUGUCACCAAAAGGAUGUGGAACCGAACCUACUAUGGUGUAACCGGAGUUGUGCAGAUAGAUGAUAAAGGAGAUAGAGAGACUGACUUUGCUAUUUGGGACAUGGCUGAUACCAACACCGGUAUCUUUCAGAUUGUAGCUGUGUAUAAUGGUACAAAGAAACAGAUGGAGACAUUGCCUGGCAUGGCCUUUCACUGGCCAGGAGGCAAUGUUCCUCUUGACAUGCCUGUCUGCGGUUUCAAGAAUGAUAACCCUGCGUGUAUAGCACGGACCAUCACAAUGCACCAGAUGGUGUCAAUUGUCGUGUUCUUCAUACUUGUCAUCAUCUUUACUGUCACCAUCUUCAUAUACAGAAAGCUGAAGCUGGAGAAGGAGCUGGCCGCUCAGCUUUGGCGGAUCUUCUGGGAGGAUUUGCACAUGAGCAAUCUGGAGAAGGUGUUGCGCAGUGCAGGCAGCAAACUGACUCUUUCUCUGCGAGGAUCAAACUACGGCUCUCUUCCAACUGCAGACGACAACUUUCAUAUGUUUGCUAAAACUGCCUACUUUAAGGGAAACAUUGUGGCUAUUAAGUUUGUCAACAAGAAACGCAUCGAACUGACCAGAAAAGUGCUGUUUGAACUAAAGCAUAUACGUGAUGUGCAGAACGAUCAUGUAACUCGCUUUAUUGGGGCAUGCAUUGACCCUCCCAACAUCUGCAUCGUCACUGAAUACUGCCUACGCGGCAGUCUGCAGGACAUUCUGGAGAAUGAGAGCAUCACACUCGACUGGAUGUUUAAAUAUUCUAUGAUCAAUGACAUUGUCAAGGGAAUGGCCUUUCUUCAUAACAGCGUGAUUGUGUCCCAUGGUAAUUUGAAGUCCUCAAACUGUGUAGUGGAUAACCGCUUUGUGCUGAAAAUCACAGACUAUGGGCUAUCAAGCUUCAAGACUGACUCCAACAUCGAAGACGCUCAUUCCUACUAUGCACGGAGGUUGUGGACAGCUCCAGAAUUGUUAAGGAUGAGCAGCCCUCCUGCAGCCGGCACACAGAAAGGAGAUGUCUACAGCUUUGGCAUCAUUCUGCAGGAGGUGGCACACCGCAAGGGUGCUUUCUACUUAGAGGAAGAGACACUCAGUCCUAAAGAGAUAGUAGAUCGUGUUGCUCUGGGUGAAUGUCCAUACCUGCGGCCAGCUAUUAACACCCAGGCCCAUAGUGAGGAGUUGGGACUCCUGAUGCAGCGCUGCUGGGCAGAAGAGCCUGCAGAAAGACCAGAGUUCAGCCACAUUAAAGUACUUCUGCGCAAACAGAACAGGGAGCACAGCAGGGAUAUCCUGGAUAACCUGCUCUCUCGGAUGGAGCAGUAUGCUAAUAAUCUUGAAGAGCUGGUGGAAGAGAGGACUCAGGCGUACCUGGAAGAGAAGCGGAAGGCAGAAGCACUACUCUACCAGAUACUGCCCCACUCAGUGGCAGAGCAGCUGAAGAGAGGGGAGACAGUGCAGGCUGAGGCUUUCGACUCAGUCACCAUCUACUUCAGUGACGUUGUAGGUUUUACUGCCCUGUCUGCGGAAAGCACACCACUGCAGGUGGUGACUCUUUUAAAUGAUCUCUACACUUGUUUUGAUGCUAUUAUUGACAACUUUGAUGUUUACAAGGUGGAGACAAUUGGUGAUGCCUACAUGGUUGUCUCUGGUCUGCCAGUCCGUAAUGGAAAGAUGCAUGCAUGUGAGAUUGCACGCAUGUCCCUUGCUCUGCUCGAGGCUGUCAAAACAUUUAAGAUUAGUUAUCGACCAGAUCAGCAGCUUAAACUGCGCAUCGGCAUCCACAGCGGCCCUGUAUGUGCUGGUGUAGUAGGACUAAAGAUGCCCCGGUACUGUUUAUUUGGAGACACAGUAAACACAUCAUCACGUAUGGAGUCCACCGGCGAGCCCUUGAGGAUCCAUGUGUCAUCAGCCACACAUGAUGUGCUCCAGGAAUUUAACUGCUUCCAGCUGGAGCUAAGAGGAGAUGUGGAAAUGAAGGGCAAGGGGAAGAUGAGGACCUACUGGCUGCUGGGAGAGACAAAGAGCAGUGAGUGAAUGGAGUCUGGUGCUGAACAAGACCCAGACAGUGCACCUAAAUCCCCUAGCCCAGAUUCCCACUCUCCUUUUGCACAAUCCAUCACAUGUAUUCCAGUAUACAGCAUUGUUGGAAUUGAACUCUUUUCUACCAAUGGAAAAACAGAUAUUUUGUACACUGUGACCACCCUCGUUAGUAUUUUGCUUUUAUAAAUUAAACUUGUAAAACCAUUAAAAUCUUGCGUGCUCAUGUAAAUCCCAAUAAACCUAUCUGGUAAUGUACAGUAUAUGUAUCUCAAUGUUAUGAGUCUGUUGAUUGAUAUUACCAUAACAGGAUACGAAGUCUUUUCACUUUUAUUGGGAUUAAAUAAAAUUUUGUACUACAAAAUUAAUGAUCAAUUGAUUUCAAAUGUUUGAUAUCUGUAUUUUCUUAUAGAACAUGCAGUGGUUAUUUUUCUUGCUCUUGUUCAGCCAUUUUGACAGAUCUGAAUUAAUUCUCCAUAUCUCAGUUUUUUUGUCAGCAUUGUAUACAGUAAAAUAUACCAGCUUCAUGCGCAGAAGAGAAAAGGCAGUCAACGUGAAAUUGUAAACAGUGCAGCUGAUUUUAUUUUUGUUAAGUGUAAGAGAAUCAUUUGAAAAUGCUCACACAGUGUAUCGCACAGUGAGCAGAAAAUACAUUUGUCUUUCAGUUUCUUUUAAAAUACACACUGGUUAUCACAGCUGUAAAAAUUCUGUGGGAUAACAGUUAAACUAUAUUUAGAUUAUAUUUACAACUGAAAUGCAUGAUACACUAUUGCAAUGUUUUAACAAAUGUCAUUUGUUUUCUAAAAAAAAUAAUAAAUGCUGAACAAUAUAUGUUUUUGA